UGCGGUGCCUAUGGGCCUGGCUUGUCUGUCGAGAAACGUAUUUAAUUUGGUUAGAAUUUAAUACAGAAAAUGUAUGGAAUAUUGCUUCUUUCUGAAGAACAUGAUACCCAUGAUGUUUGGAGAUUGAAACAGCUGAUGGUUUACUGGUGCAUCUCACAAAUGUAUUUCAAUGGCCAGCACGCGAAGUAAAGCGUGGGGGCCAACACAUCCGAGUGCUGCCUUUCUUAUAAAGUGUGCCAAAGAGAAGGAAAAAUUACGAUCUACUUUGCAAAUCCAGUUGCAGGAUCACAUGCAUUGCAUGUAUCAGAAUAAAUUGUUUUCUGAUACAUUAAUUGGAGUGAAUGCUGCUAAGCCAAGUUACAAUGACAAUAAGGCAGAAAACCCUAACCAGCAUCCUGAUCUUCCUCAGCUGUUUCAUGCUCAUAAGUCAGUUUUGAAAGUUCGCACACCAGCUUUUUACCAUCAUCUUCUUGAACAUCAACAAUCGAAUCUCAAUGUGCAAUCCUACAAUUCUUUCCUUGGAGAAUCUGAAUUGCAAGAACUUCUAAGGAAAAUAUAUACUGAUGACGAUAUAAGGAAAUAUGAAUGUGAAGCUCUUCGGUUGAGUAAAAAAUAUAAAGAAUUGCUUUGCCAGAAUAAGGCACCUCUUAAUAAGCAUAUUGUUGAAGUAGAUGAAUUUGAAAAGGAAUCCGUGAAUUCAACUUGUACAGACAAUUUUGUUACACCUAAAACAAGCCCCGUCUCACCUGAAGCAAAGUUAGAUGUUUCAGAUUUGUUUAAAAAUGCCCAAAAAAGAAAUUAUAACGGAAAUUGUAUAAUUGAUGGUAACAGUAAUACGGUCAAUAUGAUGAAAGGAUUGCACCCAAUUUCAAAUUUACCAGAGGAACAUAGAGAAAUCAAUAAUAAACUGGCAACAAAAUCUUUUAAGUCGAAUGGCAAUGAAACUUUAGAAGAAUAUUCAACGUGUGAUGACAAAACUAAAAAUGACACUUGUGAAAAAGAAACCUUUUCCUCAUAUGCUGAUGCUAUUGGCUCCGAUCAAGAAACUGAAGCAGAUUUCUCUAAUAUUGGUAGCAUGGUUCGGAGUAAUACUUUCGAUUUAGAAACUCAAGGAUCAUUAGAUGAUGCAGCUGAUGAUAAUUUAGAGUGGUGCAGUAGAAUUUCACAGGAAGAUGAUUUUAAAGAGGAAGAAGGUAGCAGAGAAAAACUGAAAGAUGUUUUGUCUUCAAGAAGAACGGAUGGAACUGGAUUUUUCCUGCAUGACCACACACCGUCACCAAAAUCAAAUAUAUUCAAACAUAGUUUUCUAAAGGAUUCUUCCUAUAUUAAUAAUCACAACUAUGAAUCAGACUCUAGUACGUCUGGUGUACAUUUCCGCCGGUUCGAUGGCAGUAUGAGUGACUCAGGAUUUAUGUCACAUAGUACCUUUAGUGUCAUUUCAGAUACUGGUUUUCCUAAUUCAGUUUCUUCAUCUUUAAUUAUGUCCACUGAUGGCAUUUCCAACUCGCCAGUCACGAAUAUGAGUAACGGCACUGAAAUGAGUUUGUCUAAAUUAGAUAAAUCAAAAUGUCUUUCAGGAUCAAUGUUUCCAUUUUACAUUGACAUCAACAAUUUGCCUCCAGCCUCACCUACCCAUAAGAAAGAAAAGAAAUCAAGCCCUUCUCAUACUUAUAUGUACAUUGACGCCAGUAGUCCGAAACGGAGUCGAAAUGCACUAAGAAGACCACCUUAUUUAAAUAGUUCUUACGAAGAAUUUUUUUCAGAAUUUGAAUCUGAUUAUGAAUAUCCAAAACAGAUGCCACUUAUGAAAGCACAGUCAACUUCUCAAUUAGAUAUGUAUCGUGGAGAUUUUAGAGCCAACAGAGGAUCAGACAAACAUAAAAAAUUUCGUCCCCAGUCUUGUUAUAUGUAUGUGGAUUUAGACUCUCUCAAAGUUGAUCAAACUGGAAAAUAUUCAAAAGAAACAGCUGGAAAACAGGAACCUAUGUCUGUUUCGAUGUUCAUAAAUUUGAACGAAGAUCAUAAUCAAUUAAAUGAAGAUCACAGUGACAUAAAUCAUAAAGAUAUUAAUGUAAACUCGGUGUUAGAUUCUAAAUCAGAAUCACAGUUAAAACCUCAGAUGAAAGAGUACUGGGCAUCAAGUGAUAAAGUUAAUGGUGAACAUAAACGUAAGUUAUCAGAUUCUUCUUUAGCAGAUAGUAUGCAUCAUUAUGAGUACAAUGUGAAUUUUCAAUCCUUAUCAAGGCAUAAUGAAAGUAGAUCUGCCUCGGCAUUAGAUUAUCAGUAUGUUAAUACUCAAGAAAAUCCUUUAUCUCAUAAAAGAAAUAUAAUUCCAAGGAAAUCUCAUAGCGCUCAGAGGUACUCUGAUGGUAUUUACUACGAAAAUUUAUGUCAGAAGAAAUAUGCCCCUGAUUUGUGCAAUUCUUAUGAGAACAAAAUUUGGAAUACUGCAAAAAAUUCGUUUGGAAAAGAUCUGAAGCAUAUCAAUCAAACAAUAAAAGUUAUGCAGUGCUAUGAUAAAAAUGAAGAACCAUCUGGCAGUUGUUCUGAUUUAGGAAAAACCAGCACUUGUGACAAAUUAUUUUCUUCUGAUAAAGUGAAGUGGAAAUCUACUGGAGAUAUGGGCAAAACUAAAUCUAAUAAAAGUGAUGAAGAAGGCGGCUUACUGCCCAUGAGUCCAAUUUUGCGCCGAAAAUCCCAAACUAAAGAAGUUCCCAAAUCUGCUCCACCUCCAGUUCUUGUCAAAGCCUCUACGAAGCCCCAGGACAUAGACGCAAUGACUUUUCCUAAAUCCUUGAAAGAUAUUGAUGAUGCUCAAAAAAUAUCUAAUAGGAGUUCCCUGGAUGAAAAUAAACCAGAUCUUAUUUUAUGCCAAUCCCCAUCUCGUAAAAAACUUGAUCGAAUAGAUGAUUCGAAGAGCUCUAGCGAAAGCUCAAGACUAGGCUCGGAAGGCUUAUUUGAGUUAUGUGAUUUAAAAGAUAAAAAUAUUGAUACCAUGAGUAGGUCCGGAUCAUCUCUUAUGACUAUAAGCGGGGGUGAUUCAUCUUCAGACAAACACGUUUCUCAUGAUCCAGUGAAAGAAAAGUUCACUCAUUCUCCAUUAACUCUGUCAGUAUCUUGUGAUUUUGAAGAUGAUUCUGAAACUGUUUAUUCUGAAGUUUCAGAUGUGAGCUCAUCUAUAGGUGGCAUCAGUGGAGUUGCUAGUUUGGAACGGCGUUGGAGAGAAGCUCAAAAUCUACAAGUAGAUCCAAAUUCAAAAAAUAGUAGAACUGCACGUCAGAUGUUAGAAGCCUGUUCCAAACUUGGUGAAGAUCUACUAAAAAUGUUUUUAGAUGAAAUUGACACCGACAUAACUAUUGAAGUUGAAGAAAAACAAAUUAAAGCUCAUAGAUGCAAAUAUUUUGCCAAUUUGCUUCGGAAUACCAGUACUGACAAGAACUCCAGCACAAUUAGUCUGGAAGGGUUCAGCUACCCUGCAGUUCAUUUUGCUCUUUGCCAUAUUUAUAGUGGGGCAAUGAAUAUUCCAAAAGACUGCAAUAUUUCUGAGUUAGCUCUUCUAGCUGAUAUGUUACAUUUAGACACACUAACUGACAUCAUUGUCUUCCAUUUAAAAAUGCACUUCUGUCAUUUUUUCCACAGGCCUUGCUUACAGUGCACCCAAGGUGUAGUGGAAUGCUUACCUUUAGCAGCUGUCUGUGGACUUAAUGAUUUACGAGAUAAAUGUAUUCAUUGGCUUGGCAAGCAUUUUACUAGAACAUGGCCAAACAAAUCAUUUGCCUCUUUGUCAGAAGAGCUUCGGGACCUUUGUUAUAAUGUCACAGUUCAACUCUUGGCAGUGGAUAGCGUAAUCGAUAUGACAUUAAACUGUGAUCGUCUCAUGACUACUUUGCCCCAGCUAAAGUGGACUGAACCUAUUUUUGGCAUGGUAACUAAACUACUUCAAGAUUGCAUUCAUUUCAUGGCUCAGAACUUCAAUCAGAUCUUGAAUUCAGAAGGAUUUCUAGCUUUGGGAAAAGGCCAAAGCUGGAACGUAACUGCACUAGAAGAAGAUAUAAUUUCUUCAAUUGAAUUGGUGACACCUGACAUUGCUUGUAAAUCAUAUGUUACAGUAAACCAGUUGCUGUUAUUAAUCGAAUCUGAAGAAAAUUCAGAGUAUGCAGAAUUUACUCAGAAUUUUGUGGAUUUGUUGCACAAAAUCAGCAGACACUGUGAGAGGUACCUCAUUCAAAAUGCUAAUAAAGUUGUUCAUUGCCAAAGCUGGGCAUGUCUUUCUCCUCAAGUUCAGAAAAGGAUUAAGGAUGCUGCAGUUAUUGUCUUUGAAUUCGAAAAACCAACAGCUCCACCUCCACGUCUGUCCAGUUUACAGAGGAAACUGAAGAAACAGAAUGAUUCUGAAGAUAUGAGCUGUUUGGAAAGGUCCACAUAUCCGAAGAAAGGAAGAAGUGUUCAAGUCAGAAAAUCCCAGAGGGAUUUGACUUUUACUACCAAAAACAAUAAUUCCCAUCCUAACCAAGAUUCAAUAGAGAGGAAUCCGCAGUGGAGAGAAGCUGACAGUUUAAUAAAAAAGGCUGUUUCGCCGAUCAAAGAAGAAGCAAAUAAUGUUUCGGCUGAUCAGUCCGCACAAGAUAUUUCACACGAUUUACUUCCUCCUGCAUUAAAUCCUUAUAAUUCCUCAUUCAAAUCUCAUUUCUCCAACAAAUUAUAUAUUGAUGCACAUGAAGAAGAUAGUUUGCGAGAUCUUCAAGAUUUACCUCAAGAUCAAACUCAUUCCCCAAGCCAUGGAGACCAUGGAUCUGAAUCUCAGCUAAUUUGCAGUGUGGCUUCACUUGAUAUGGACGACAGUCGAAGUCCUGCUCAUUGCAGUGACAAUCCUGACAGCCUGGAGGCCAAUGAAGAAAUCUCAUCAGAUAGUAAGGAUGAUCUAGAUGCAUCAGUUUCUGUUGAAGAUAUAUCGAAUCAGGAAAAGGGUUUGAACGAAGCUCCUGAAGUUAUUGGGAAGAAUUUUGAGAUAGCAGAUAUGAAAAAAGAUGAAAAGGAGACUAAAAUCGUGAAAUCAAAUAUUUCAUCUGCAUCUUCGUUACCUAAGCCUACACUAUCUGUACCCGUAAGAGAUAAAGUGCCUGUUUUACAUCCAUUAAUUCAACAUACCAGUGAGAUAAAUGCUCAGAGUAAAAUAAGCUGUGAUAAGUCCCCAACUAGAAAAGCUCAUGGAAAAUCUCUUGUCCCAUUAGCGAAGUUGCAUACUUCAGAAGACAAAAAAUCUCCCAUAUCUCCAGACACUAGAAGUAAAGAUCUUGUGGCAGAAAUUGAUGCUGAUUCUCGCAUGGUCAACCAUUGCCUCCAAGAGGCAGAAAUGUUGGAACAACAGUUAUCUCGCAAACUUCAAAGGCAACACCAAGAUGGCUCAUCAAGCAUUUCUCAUUACAUACAAAAGAGCUCUUCAAAAACUCAUUUAGUUUCUGAAAACAACAAAUCUUCAAAAAACACUGGCUCACGGCUUCAGAAAGCUUCUUCUACUAGUCAAAUAAAAAAUCUUGUAGGUUCACCAAGAGGAAGAAGCCCUGGUAGAGCUGUUAAAAGUAACGCAUCAAGCCCUUCUAUUGGGCAUCCUCCUCGUAUUUUGAGGUGUAGUGACUCUGCAAAAGAGAGAGUUCCUUCUAGAAAAUCUUCACAGUCCCCUAAAGGUAGCACAACCCCUAUGCCAAGGUCUCUAAGGUCUAUGGAGAGCAUUGCUAAGCAGUUACCUAUUUCAUCUACUAAUGUAUUAAAACGAGUGUCGCAAAGGUCAAAUAGGUCCAAAGCCAUCACUGUGAAUAAUGUUCGAACUCCUAUUAUAGGGCCAAAAUAGCUCCUACUAAAGCUAUUUUAUAAGCACAGUAUGUCUAUAUAUAAUAAUUUAUGUUGCAGAAACUCAGCACAAUUUUUAGAGAAAUCUAUAUAUGUACAUAUUUUUGUUUCUAUGCAUCAUUUACCCGUAAUGUGUGUGUAUUGACAUUUAAAAAAAGGAAUAAGUAUUGAAAUGUUAUAAAGCAGCGUAAGUCGUAGUAAUGUUUCAAUAGUUUUAUUUAGAAGACAUAUAAAUUGAAAACAAAAUUAUUAUGUGUAUUAAGAUGUGUGUUAACUUUCUAAGCAUUUCAAGGCUUUUCUUAUUUAUAAAAGGAAGUAUUUAUUUGUACUUUUUAUUUUUAGUCAGGUGUAGUUUGUACGAAACAGGAAGUAUGAUAGAUUUUGCACUUAAAAAUAUUUUUAAUCUGUUUCCUCUUAAGUAUACCUUUUUGGUUUUAGAUUUUUCUUCUGCUUUUUCUUGUUUCUGUAUCCUAAAGAUUAUUUUGUAGACAAUUGUUAAAGAACUAUCCAGAAAUAAACUCUAGCCACUCACUGUCUUGUUCGCAAUACUUACAUUCUCAUAUUUAUUAUUUUUUAAAUGCUGAUACGUAAUGAAAAAAUACAUCUUCAUGCAAAAAAAAGGAAGAAGAAAGCUUGCUAAUGGUUCCUACUAAUAAAAAUUAUUAAGAAUUUUAAUUUAUAUUAUUAUUUAUACUAUAACAUGUAAAAAUAAUAUGUGUUGGUAUAUUUUUGGAUUUUUUAUGCAAUAGCAAG